ACCCUCAACCAUCACAAGUUUUCCAAGUGCAUGCUUCUGCCACUAUCACUGCAUCGAUAACCAAAACUUGCCUGAAUUGCAAAAUGUUGCCAACUUAUGAUCAGAAGAAACCUACAAAAACAACUCUUCCUACUUUCAACACUCGCAACCCAGAUGCUAGCCAAACAAUAAACUUGACCCCAUGCUUUGUUUUCUUCAACCUCACAAUUUGUUCCCUUACAACGCUCUACCGGGCGUACGAGCACAGCGACUAUCCAGUGGUGGCUUUCGUCGUGUUCGUCUAUGUGUCGUAUUUCGUGUUGGACAAGUGUCUAGCAGUGUACACUCAGUUGCCAAGAGGCGAGCAAUCGGUGAAGAAAGAGUUGUUGAGGUUCACCCUUUGGGGUUUGUCAAGCGCCAUCCUGUUCGGGUUUGCAUAUCAAUUUGGGACGUUUAUGCACUUGUCUGCGGUUGUGCUCAUGUACUGUAUUGCCGUUUCCAGCAGUUUGCUGCUCUUCUAUGCCUACUACAUCGUUGAUGACCAAAAUCACAACGGUUGCACUUUUUGCGCCACCAUGCCUCCUCAGUCUUCUUGUCCUAAUCAGGAAAAGAGUAACAAUUCGGACAACGUCUAGCAAAAGACCUAAGUAAUAAUAUUUUUUUUUUGGCCAUAAGAGCUAAGUAAUAAUGUUUAUUUAUUGUAAGCGUGAGUUAAGGAAGUUGACCAAAAUAUUCAAUUUCCCUUAUUAUAUAUUGAAGUAAUUUAGAAUAUCGUUAUUGUUGUGAUA